AUGGCCACUCAGAGCUCGGUCAAGGUCGCUCGCUCGCCGAUGAUGAAGUCGCAGCAGCUCCAGAAGUUCGCCCGCUCCUACUCUGCGGCCACCCGCCAGACGAGCGCCUUCAACACCAUGAAGCGCACCUCCAACCUGCUCCAAAAGACCUCGCCCAUUGCUGCACACGCCAAGCGUGCCUACUCCUCUGAGAUGGCCAAUGCCCUUGUCCAGGUCUCCCAGAACAUGGGUAUGGGCUCCGCUGCUAUUGGUCUCGGUGGUGCUGGUAUUGGUAUCGGUCUCGUCUUCGCUGCCCUCCUCACCGCUGUCGCCCGCAACCCAUCUCUCCGUGGCCAGCUCUUCUCCUACGCCAUUCUUGGCUUUGCCUUCGUGGAGGCCAUCGGUCUUUUCGACCUCAUGGUUGCCAUGAUGUGCAAGUACGUGUAA